CAUUUCUAGCCAUUCUUUUCUGCUCCAUUGUUUCCCUUCCUUUUGUAAUUACAAGCUUUUCUAUUGCUUAAAUUGAGUUUCCGUUUCCAGGAAAUGAAUGCCACAGAAGCUCAAUUUCCAUACCCAUGGCAGCGUUGUAAAAUUAUUCACUUGGUGAGGCACGGACAAGCUAUGCAUAAUGUGGAAGGAGACAAGAAUCGUGAAGCACUGUUGUCUCCUCAACUAUUUGAUGCACAACUCUCCCCGCUUGGAUUGCAGCAGGUUAGUAAACUGCGCCAGGAUGUUCAUGCUAGUGGGCUACUUAAGAGGAUUGAGUUAGUCAUCACUUCCCCUCUGUACAGGACAAUGCAAACAGCUAUUGGAGUUUUUGGUAGUGAAAGCCACGAAGAUGGAGGGAAUGAAAUUUUUUCUUCAAUAUCAGCUGCUCUUAAUUGCCCACAAAUCAUGGCAGUUGAGCUUUGUCGAGACCGCCUGGGUGUUCGUCCUUGUGAUAUGAGGAGAAGGGUCAGCGAGUGUCGGGCUCUUUUCCCUUCAAUUGAUUUUUCAAUGAUGGAUGGUGAAGAUGAUAAUAUGUGGAAUCCGGACGUUCGAGAGCCUGAAGAGAAAGUUGCCGCACGGAUGAUCCUGUUUAUGAAAUGGCUGUGGACAAGGCCAGAGCAGGAGAUUGUUAUUGUGAGCCAUGGCAUAAUCCUACAGCAUAUACUAAAUGUACUUGGAAAUGACUGUCAUCCAACAGUUAGAUCAGCAUUAUGCAAACGCUUUGACAAUUGUGAGCUUCGUUCGGUUGUCAUUGUGGAUAAAAGCCUAAUCGGAGGGGAUUAACCGCUUUGCUCACCAAGAGAUGUUGCAAAAGAGAAGUUUCCAAAUAACUGGACUCAGUGACUUCUGAAACAAUAGACUCAGUGUUGGAACUCUCCAAGGAUUCUUUAAUCUGUUUAUCAAAUUUGUAUUCUUUAAUCUCUUUUUUUAUUUUAAAAGUGAUUUUACCAAUAGAAGUAUGUUUCUUUUGUAAAAUGAUUGAUUGAUAACCAAUGAAUUAUUAACUCAAUGAUACUAAAGUUAGUUCUAUAAUUGAACAUCUUGACUUUGAAUUUCAUAACCAAAAACAAC